AUGCUCAGCGCGCCUCUAAGUUUGGUAGCUCUUUUCAACUGCACCGCCGUUCGUGGAUGUCUCAACUCCAUUCAUCAACAGUAUGAGAUCCUGAAGAAACACAAGGCCUUCUACCAUUGGUAUCUGGCGGAAGGUCUGGAGGAGUCGGAGUUUGACCGAUGUGGCGAGGAAUUCGGCGGCCUGAUGGUUGACUACGAGGAC